AGGAGAAAUCGUCGACUAUUAAGUUGCUGCAAAAACCCUGAUGCUCGAGCACUUCAAACUCCUUGAAGUAAAAAUCCUGAUAUUAGAUGGAUAAGGAUCGAUGUCCACAUGUUCUCUUCUUUCCCGUACCAUCACAAGGCCAUGUGAACCCCAUGAUUAAGCUUGCUGAACUGCUAGCUCUCACCGGCUUCAGAAUCACCUUUCUCAACUCCCACCACAACCAUGAACGCCUCCUCAAGUUCACCAACAUGACUGCCCACUUUGCCAGAUAUCCGGGGUUCGAGCUCAGGGCCAUAACCGAUGGUCUCCCUCUUGAUCAUCCCAGGUCAGGGGCUUGGUUCCUGAAGAUGUAUGAAGAGGCCACAGAAAUGAAAAUCAAGCAGAGUUUGAGAGAUAUGCUGGUGAACAUGAGCACUCCGGUGGAUUACAUGAUCGUAGACGGAUUUCUCGGCUUUGCUCUUGAUGUUGCAAGGGAGCUUGGAAUCCCCAUCGUUUAUUUCCGAACCAGCAGUCCUUGUAGUUUCUGGGCUUAUUAUUUUAUCCCUGAUAUGAUCCAAGCUGGGGAACUUCCUAUCAAAGGAAGUGAAGACAUGGACCGGUUCAUAACAACGGUACCAGGCAUGGAAACUUAUCUUCGAUGUCGAGAUCUUCCUAGUUUGUGCCGAGCAACCGACAAGGAAGAUGCAUAUAUGAAACUCAUCGUCAAACAUACACGAAAGAGCCCUCAAGCCGAUGCCUUGAUACUAAACACCGCCGAGGAGCUCGACGGGGCUAUACUAUCCCAGAUACGCACCAAAUGCCCUAAUGUCUACGCCAUCGGGCCCAUCAAUGCUCAGUUAAAUAACAGACUCAACGCAAAACAUGGAGAAUCACACGAUCACUUUUCAAAUACCCUUUGGGAAGAAGAUAGAAGCUGCAUUUCUUGGCUUGAUAAGCAACGGAAUCGAUCUGUUGUCUACGUAAGUUUUGGUAGCAUUAUGAGCAUGAAAAGAGAAGAACUUAUAGAGAUUUGGUAUGGACUCGUUAACAGUAAAUCCAAGUUCUUGUUCGUUGUAAGGCCAAAUUCCGUGAUUGGAAAAGAUGGUGAAGGGGAGGAUGUUGUAAAGGAGCUUUUCGACAAGACUAAGGAUCAAGGCUAUAUUGUCGAUUGGGCACCGCAGGAGGCAGUAUUGAACCAUGCAGCAGUCGGCGGGUUCUUAACACAUAGCGGGUGGAACUCAACUUUGGAGAGCAUCAUCGCCGGGGUGCCAAUGAUUUGUUGGCCGUACUUUUCUGAUCAACAAUUGAAUAGUAGGGUUGUGAGUGAGGUGUGGGAAAUUGGGUUGGAUAUGAAGGAUGUUUGCAAUCGGAAGAUGGUGGAGGAGAUGGUGAACGAUGUGAUGGUGGAUCGAAAGGAGAAGUUUGCGAAAUCGGCAGCUGAAAUGGCUAAGCUUAUCAAUGAAUCUGUUAAUGUUGGUGGGUCUUCCUAUAGUAAUUUGGACCGUCUAAUUGAAGACAUUAGAGGGAUGAGCUCGAAAACUCGGCCAAAAACGAUAGUUUUAUAAGGAAGAACAGAAUUUUACAUAUGUGGCAAGCAAGUUCCGACAUGCGUCAAAUUGAAGUAACAUAGUUCAAAGAAAUAAGAAUUACACGACGUGCAAAGAUAAUUAGCUUUUUAUUUAGUAUUGUUCAAAGAAACAACUACGCAAUGGGGAGUUUUUAAACUUAAACCAGUGUGAAAAGUUCAAAAGAAUAAACAA